GCGGCUUGUAUAUUGAUCUCCAUUCUAUAUUUUCUGGAUCGCAAUGCCGCGAUUACCAUACAAUAUCCAGUGUUCCCUGCCAAUUUUAGGACUUGUUUAUUUACUUAUUUUCAAGUUAAGUUUGUGUCGCAUGCAGUAGAUAGUUGUGGGUACAUGAAAAGUUAGCAGCAGAGAUAAAUAGAAACAAAAAUCAGUUUUAUUCCCUCAUCUAUAUGACUCUUGGAUUAUUUGAAGAUGUCAUCCCUAAUGCAUGCAUUCUUCGGUACUGAACUAACAUACAUACCCAGCGGAAUGCAAAAACUCCUAGGACCUAACUUCAACAAUGCCUUGUGCAAUGGAAUUACCUGGCUGGUGAUUUUUUGGCUAACUCUACAUUUUGCCUACGACAGAUUAAUCAGUAUCUACCUAAAACAACUAGGAUUUUCCCAAUACUUACGAGUCCGUCUAAGUCAUAGCCUGUGGUUACUAGCUUGCUACUUUUCAUUUUGCAUCUACUACGUAAUAACAAUAAACGAAUAUAAUACUGGAGACUUGAUGUACUAUAGAAGAACCAUUGCAAUCCAUUAUGGAGUUAUUUCAGACAGGCAAAAGAUUGGUCAAGCUGUGAUAUGUUCUUUUUACUUGUGUAUGGCUUACAGAGAAGGUACACAAAUGGGAUAUUGCCAUUUUUUCAAGCAUGUUGCUUUGACUAUAGCUUGUACUACAGCGUUCAUUUUAAGGUUUUUAGAAAUACCAUUCACAAUUACAGCUCUAAUAGCAGUUUCUGGAAUAUUUCAAGAAUUAUCUAAAAUGUUCUACUCGCUAUUGAACAAAGAUAAUAUUAUUUGUAAUGUUGUUAUUGGGUCACUUUACAUUUCAGCCGUUAUAAUUUUCUGUGCUGUAUAUUUCACCAUUAUCCCCUUAUCAUAUUUAAUACCAAUGGGUAUGAAACUAUUCAGUAGAGAACGAAACCCGGUAAUACUUACGCUAUUUCUUUCUCUAUUAUGUUGGAUUAAUUUGCUCAUAUACAAAUCGAUAUUCCUUAAUGCAAUUUUCCAUUGGUUAUACCACAUUAAAGAAGACAAACAUGACGAAAAGGAAAAGGAAACACGACCAAUCCAACUGGAGUGUCAUGGAAAUAUUGUUGAAUGCUCGUUAUUUCCUCCAAGAACUGAUGAGAGCUUUAUGCUAGCUCUUAUGAGAUCUGAAGCUAGAAAAAGACAGAGAAAGAUGAUUGCUUUAAGGAAACCGAAAAAUAGAACUUUCAUGAUACAAACGAUCAAAUGUAUGAUGACACUACAUAAAACCUUAUCCAAGAAAAAAUCAACGAGUGCAGCUAAUACACAAGAGAAAGUAACAUCAGCAAGCCAAAUACUCGAGAAACAACAAGCAACAGAUAAUAAAGAGGAAAGAUUUUUACUUCCGGUGAAAAAAACUCAGAAAAUGUUUAAACUUUCUGAAGAAGAAACUUUAAUGAAAGUUGAAAAUCUUGAAACACAGGAUAACGCAGAAGAAGAAGAAAGUGAAAUUAAAACUGUAGAAGCAAACAAUAGAGAUGAGGAAAGUUGUGGUAGAGGAAUUAUCGAAGAUUCUCCUAGUAAGGAAAAACCUACUCAAAUUAUGCAAUCUGCAAUGGGUAAAGAUUCUCAAGCCACGCAAUUGAAUGUCGACGAAAAUAUAAGUUCUAUUAGAAAAUGCCCCGCCAAAAAGAAAUGUAUUCAAAUUAAAUUAGAUAGAGCUGCUGCAACUGAGGGCCCUAGAAAUGUUGCUUGUCUAUGCAGACAAUUAACUAAAGAUAAAGAUGAAGGAGAAGGAAAUGGUAAAAAUUAAAUGUAAUCCAUAGAUCUUAGUGUAGGUAAUUUAUUGAAUUAGAAAAUUGAUGGAGAUAAAGACUGUUUGGGAUUUGACUGAUGGCAUUCAUAGUGCGAAAUAUGAUAAAAGAUUCGAGCUUUUUGAGAUUGUUUAGUCAUAUGUAUAUUACUAUAAUAAAAUAAAGUUUGAGUUAGUUGUA